AUGUCCACUCUCUUCAAUGAGAUCAGUAGAAAUUGUGCGUCCACUUUCUUCAAUCAGAUCAGUAGCCAUUGUGCGUCCACUUUCCUCAAACAGAUCCGAAGCAUUUGUGCGUCGACUCUACUUAACCAGAUCAGUAGCAAUUGUGUGUCCACUCUCUUCAAUGAGACCAGUAGCCAUUGUGCGUCCACUCUCCUCAAAAAUUUCAGAAGCAUUUGUGCGUCCACUCUCCUCAAUCAGAUCAGUAGUAAUUAUGCGUUCACUUUCCUCAAUCAGAUCAGUAGUAAUAAAGCGUCCACUUCCUUCAAUCAGAUCAGUAGCCAUUGUGCGUCCACUCUCCUCUAUCAGAUCAGAAGCAUUUGUGCGUCGACCUUCCUCAACCAGAUCAGUAGCAACUGUGCAUCUACUCUCCUCAAUCAGAUCAGUAGCAAUUGUGCAUCCUCUCUCCUCAGUCAGAUGAGAAGCAUUUGUGCGUGCACUCCUCGGUCAGAUCAAGAAUAUUUUUCUUACAAGUGGAAUUAUGAUACCAUUAGGCUCCCUCUCUCUCUCUCUCUCUCUCUCUCUCUGGAUACGUGGGCGAAAUACUCUGAUCUAUCUAUCUAUCUAUCUAUCUAUCUAUCUAUCUAUCUAUCUAUGCACAGUGGGCGAAAGGCUCUGCUAUAUCUAUCUAUCUAUCUAUCUAUCUAUCUAUCUAUCUAUCUAUCUAUCUAUCUAUCUAUCUAUCUAUCUGUACACAGUGGGCGAAAGGCUCUGCUAUAUCUAUCUAUCUAUCUAUCUAUUGUGGGCGAAAGGCUAUAUCUAUCUAUCUAUCUAUGUAUUGUGGGCGAAAGGCUAUAUCUAUCUAUCUAUCUAUCUAUCAAUGCACAGUGGGCGAAAGGCUCUGCUAUAUCUAUCUAUCUAUCUAUCUAUCUAUCUAUCUAUCUAUCUGUACACAGUGGGCGAAAGGCUCUGCUAUAUCUAUCUAUCUAUCUAUCUAUUGUGGGCGAAAGGCUAUAUCUAUCUAUCUAUCUAUGUAUUGUGGGCGAAAGGCUAUAUCUAUCUAUCUAUCUAUCUAUUGUGGGCGAAAAGGCUAUAUCUAUCUAUCUAUCUAUGUAUUGUGGGCGAAAGGCUAUAUCUAUCUAUCUAUCUAUCUAUCUAUCUAUCUAUCAAUGCACAGUGGGCGAAAGGCUCUUAUAUAUAUCUAUCUAUCUAUCUAUCUAUCUAUCUAUCUAUCUAUGCACAGUGGGCGAAAGGCUCUGCUAUAUCUAUCUAUCUAUCUAUCUAUCUAUCUAUCUAUCUAUCUAUCUAUCUAUCUAUUGGGCGAAAGGCUAUAUCUAUCUAUCUAUCUAUCUAUCUAUCUAUCUAUCUAUGCACAGUGGGGAAAAGGCUCUGCUAUAUCUAUCUAUCUAUCUAUCUAUAGUGGGCGAAAGGCUAUAUCUAUCUAUCUAUCUAUCUAUCUAUCUAUCUAUCUAUCUAUCUAUCUAUCUAUCUAUGCACAGUGGCUAUUCAACAAUAUCUAUCUAUCUAUCUAUCUAUCUAUCUAUCUAUCUAUCUAUCUAUCUAUAUCUGGCUGUUUCUGCUUUUCUUAUCUAUCUAUCUAUCUCAGUUGUUUCAAUCUAUCUAUCUAUCUAUCUAUCUAUCAAUCUCAUUCCAUUUCUAUCUAUCUAUCUAUCUAUCUAUCUAUCACAGGCUUUUUACUUCUUUCUUUUAUCUAUCUAUCUAUCUAUCUAUCUAUCUAUCUAUCUAUCUAUCUCUCUUAUCUCUUAUCCGAACAUUCGAACGUUUUCUUCUUCUUCUUCUUCUUCUUCGUUGUCGUCUUUGUCUUCUUUUUCGACUUCUUCCUCGUCUUCUUUGCCGUCGUCUUCUUCUUCGUUUCUUCUUCUUCUUCUUCUUCUUCUUCGUUGUCGUCUUUGUCUUCUUUUUCGGCUUCUUCCUCGUCUUCUUUGUCGUUGUCGCCUUCUUCGUCUUUUUUUCGACUUCUUCCUCGUCUUCUUCUUUGUCGUCUUCUUCUUCUUCUUCUUCGUUGUCGUCUUUUUCUUCUUUUUCGACUUCUUCCUCGUCUUCUUUGUCGUUGUCGUCUUUGUCUUCUUUUUCGACUUCUUCCUCGUCUUCUUCUUUGUCGUCGUCUUCUUCGUUUCUUCUUCUUUUUCUUCUUCUUCUUCUUCUUCUUCUUCUUCUUCUUCCCACUCCUCCUCCACCUCUUCUUCUUCGUGUCGUUUCCCUUCAUAUCUCUUCAACAUUUUCUAUCCUUUUUAG